AUGACCCAGUUCCUGGAUCUCAAUGACGAUGUCCUCGAUGCGAUCGUUUCGCACCUGACGGUCACACAUGCCCUCCAUCUGGCUUGCGCAUGCCGAAGAGUACAUGAUAUAGCCAUGCGCAGGGCACUGUCUCGCGUAACCAUCUUCAACCAGCGCAAGCGGUUCAUGAAGUUUGCUGCAUGCAUGCUUUCGGACAUCUCGUACCAUGUCAUUUAUCUGAGGAAGGUCCACAUAUCCCUCUUUGGCGACGUCGGAGAGACCGACUUUUCCUCUGCCGUGCGACUCCUCACCCACGUCCUUCGGAGAGCGAAGAAUAUUCAAUCGCUCGGUCUUGGACCCAUGGAACUAAUGAUAGCGAGUGUGCCCGCCGUCGCCGAUGCCGUGUGUGGAAUGGAGAAUUUGGAAGCACUGUGGUUGUAUAACGGGGGUCAGGAAACAAUAUUGAUGUUGGAUAAAAUACAGAGCAGACUCGAAAGGCUAGUUGUCCAUAGUUGGUCGGACCGGCUCACGACCGACGCUCCGCAAGUCCUCCCCCUCAUUGCGCACAUCCAGAGCCUGCAAUCUCUCGGCCUGCACAACCUCACGUUCCAGGAUGAACCGCAUCCGCACGCAAUAUGGAGGAAUGUGCGCAUUUUGCGCCUGGAGUCCUGUAGGGCUGCGAUGCCUGUGUUUGUUCACUCAUUCCCCACAAUUCGCGCCUUGCAUCUCAAGGGUAACGACCGGCGGAACCCACAGGGUGAGACUGUGCGCUGUUGGCCUAGCCUUGACGAACUCUCAGUCAACACUGUGGAAGACCUAUUGGAGUGGCCGAUCACCUGUCCCGUCCGUUGUGUGUCGUACGAAGCUCUCAUCCAAGACCCUGGUGACGCGGAACAAGCAUUCGUUCAAAUCAAGAACGUGAAACCUAUCGUUCUCUCGUUAUCGAUACUCAAUUCUUUCAGUGAUUGCUGGGCGGAAGUUGCGCGCAGCGGCCAUCGACUUCGGGCUAUCACUGUCACUCUCGUCAAUCUUUAUGGGUCGGCUUCUCGCAUAGGAACUCCUAACUAUUCGCGAUGGAUGCAAAAUGUAUUGCCUGUCCUAGGAAGAUCGCAGAUCAUGUUCCUCCGUAUCAUCAUUCCCGGGUCCUUGCAUACAGAUCGUCUCGUGUACGAGAAGUGUCCAGAGCAGAUCAUGAAGUCAAUCCCAUCUCUUCGCUGUUUGGGCUUCGGAGAUAAACCAAGCACGAUGUGUUGGUGGCGAAUCGUCACCAAUCGUGCUCGUAGACGGGAGCUGAAGCAAAUAUCAGAAGCAGCCGGGAUGCGCGUGCUAGAGUAUAUAUCGUCCGAGACUUUCGAGAUGUCGACGGUAUUUGAUGAGUCUUUGCUCGACAUUCGAGGCUGA